AUCCUAUCAUCCUCAAGCCAACCUCUCCUUAACCCAAACAAUAAAACUCUCCUUACUCACUCGGUAUUCGAUUGCCGUCGCAUUUAUAUCGUCUACUGUGCAUAACAACAAUGGCGUCGCAUGCUCCGAACGACGACGACCGCUCCAACAACUCUCCUCCGCUAAGCAACUUCCCCCAAGAUCCUUCGGAAUUCGACAGCGACCCGCGCAUCUCGUUCUCGAAGCUAGACGACAAGUUCAUUCUGGAAACGGAGGAUGGACAGGAAUACGAAUAUGAUACGGUGCUAAAGAGAUGGAUUCCGACGGUCGAUGAAGACUUGCUACAACAACAGCAAGAAGCAUAUAGAGUCCAGGGUGUCAAUGAGGAGGAACAGAUUACUGCGGCGCAGUUGAGGAAGAAGCGCAAGCAACAGGCUACUACGGAAGAGGGCAAUGGGCAACAGAAGCCUAAGAAACAGCGCGUCAAUACCGCGGUCUAUGUGACUUCGAUUCCUCUGGAUGCUGAAUUCGACGAAAUCCGCGACGUCUUCUCCAAGUGUGGUGUUAUCGCCGAGGAGAUCGAUAGCGGCCGACCGCGCAUCAAGAUGUACACUGAUGAGAGCGGAAACUUCAAAGGUGAAGCUCUCGUUGUGUACUUCCGGCCUGAGUCCGUCAAUCUCGCGAUACAGAUGCUGGAUGAUUCCAACUUUAGGAUUGGGGUACCCGGACCGCAGGGACCCAUGCGAGUGCAGCAUGCGGAUUUCUCGUUCAAGAGCCAGCAAGAGGCGCCUACGAAGACUAGUAUGAGGGAUAAGAAGAAGAUUAUGCGACGGACACAGAAGUUGAACAGCAAACUUGCUGACUGGGACGAUGACGACCCGUCUGCCUUGCCGGACACGACUUCCCGUUUUGAUAAGAUCGUGAUCUUGAAACAUAUGUUCACGUUGAAGGAAUUGGAUGAGGAUCCUGCGGCCAUUCUUGAUAUUAAGGAAGAUAUUCGGGAUGAGUGCUCGAAGCUGGGGGAUGUGACCAACGUUGUUCUCUACGAUAAGGAACCCGAGGGAGUGGUGAGCGUUCGCUUUUCCGAUCCCGAGGCAGCCAGGAGCUGUGUCAAGAUGAUGGAUGGGCGGUUUUUCGCUGGCACCCGAGUCGAUGCCUAUAUCGCGGAUGGCAGUGAGAGAUUUAAGAAGACCAAUGAGAAGCGUGCAGCACUGGAAGAUCUGGCGGAGAAAGGAUUGGAUGCGUCCGAUGAAGAGGAGGAGCAGCGAUUGGAUGAGUUUGGCACGUGGUUGGAAAGCUCACAUACGGUCGAGAACACGGCCAAGUGAUGGUGAUGGUGGUGAUGCUUUUUGGGAUGUAAUCAUUAUUAGGGGGAUCAGGAACUGGAUGGGAUGGGAUGGGCGUAAUCGUUUUCUGAGGCUGGCUGGUCACUUUAGACGACCUAAGGGAUUGUAGACUUGUAUGUACUUAUAAGAGCGUUCUGGUUGUUAUUAGGAUCAUGUUGACGGGUGCUCAUCAUUUUGUCCAUUUGUUUACACGAAGG